AUGCCUCAAGCUGAAUAUGUCGGCGAGAUCGAAGAGCUUGCACCGGAUUCAAGGAUCCUAUCAGGGCUGCGCUACCGGAAGCUUCUCUUUCAUACAGCCCGAGUAGCUAUAUGGAAUUUCAACCUGUAUUUUGUUGUCCGGUUACUUCUGAUUCUAUGCGCACCAACGAGACAGUGGCAGAUGUGGGUAAUGCUCCUGUUGGAAGGCAUAUUUGGCAUCAUGUCCCGCCACGAUCAGGGCCUCGUGGUUGCAGCCGGUGCGGGACCACAGAGCACCCCUAGGAAAAGACUCCGCUUGCGCGGUGACAAAGCUCUACCACGAGUGGAUGUCUUGGUUACCUGCUGUGGGGAGCAAAUUGACGUGAUCCUGGAUACGGUACGAGCUGCCUGCACGAUGGAUUAUCCAGUAUCGCGAUUUAGAGUCCUCUUGCUUGAUGACGGCGGAUCCAUCGAGCUGCGCGAUGCUGUCUCGGAGUUACACUCAAAAUGGCCUCAUCUCUUCUACCAUUCACGAGGCAAGCAGUCAGGCCAAGUAUUCGCGAAAUCCGGGAAUCUGAAUUAUGCUCUAUUCUCUCUACAGAAGGAUCAUCCUCCAGACUAUUGUUCCAUUCUAGAUGCGGACUCCAUGCCAAAGCCGGAGUUUCUCCGGGCAACCCUGCCCCAUUUGCUGCUUAAUCCACAAGUAGCGCUGCUCACGACGAGGCAAUAUUUUUACAACAUUCCUGAAGGUGAUCCGCUCUCACAGUGUCGCCUCCACUUCUACUUGUGUCAGAACGCAGAACUCGAUCGUGUAGGGGUUGCCAUUGAUGCGGGAUCUGGUGCCGUAUUCCGACGGAACGCGAUCAUCGAUAUUGGCGGAUAUCCUACCUUUUCUUUCUCCGAAGACUGGCAGCUAUCACUGGUCUUGCAGGGUAUGGGAUACUGUACAAUCCAAGUCCAGGAGCCACUACAAUUUGGUCUCGUUCCAACAUCUCUCGAUGGGCAUGUCGCUCAGAGGGACAGAUGGCACAUUGGACACUCGCAACAAAUUCAAGCAUUGUGCCCGCCCGCAAACAAAACCAUCCCAUGGGACGUACAGUGGAGUAUUGCUCUCGGGGGGCUUCUUAUUAUUUUACGCUUGGUAGGGUAUAUCGUUGGAUUUGCGGCCGUCCCUCUACUCAUGAUGUCGGGGCCGCUUAUCCCGGCCACAUCUCCUCUCCUCGCCAAAGUGCAAAUUGUCCUAGCAGUUCUCCAUGCUGCCUCCACGUGGGUAUUUUGUUGGUUGCAAGGUGCACAUGCCGGCACCCCAAUUCCUCCAUUUGCCCAUCUGGAAAACAGCUGGCUAGCUGGUGGUAAGUUCCGACUCCCUCCUCGCUGA